ACAGCGCUCAGCAAGUGUGAGGACUUGAAAUACAGACUUUGCUCCUCUUGAAUUUAAAAUGAAAAAUGUUUUUUCAAGCCUUUCUUUAUUUUGCCAGCAAUAUUCCUACCAUUGCACUGGGUUUCCUUUCUGUGAUAGUACACCGGAUCCCAGUUUUGUGGAAAUUUCUGGAAAAUACCCCUCAGAAAGCAAUCAUCGUCAGUAAGCAGAGGAACCUUCCAUGUAUCACACCACUGUUCACUACAGUGGAGGAGACACCACAGUUCAUCAAAGCUCGAGUACAAGGACAUUUUCCUCAGUGGCUCAAUGGCUCUUUACUUCGAGUUGGACCUGGAAAAUUUGAGUUUGGGAAGGAUAAGAGUUACCCGUGGCAGUGCUCAGGGGACCAUAUGGGAUGUUGGGCAUCGAACCUGGGUCGGCCAUGUGCAAGGUAUAAUCACUGGUUUGAUGGAAUGGCUUUGCUUCACCAGUUUAGGCUGGAGAAGGGCACAGUGACAUACAGGAGCAAAUUCCUCCAGAGCGAUACUUUUAAAGCCAACAGUACACACAAUCGAAUUGUGAUCUCAGAAUUUGGCACACUUGCUGUCCCUGAUCCAUGCAAGAAUAUUUUUGAACGUUUCAUGUCAAAGUUUGAGAUGCUUGCAAUAACUGACAACACCAACGUUAACUACGUGCGUUAUGAGGGCGAUUACUAUGUUAGUACUGAGACCAACUUUAUGAAUAAGGUGGACAUCGAAACCCUGGAAAAAACAGAAAAGGUGGACUGGAGUAAACUUAUUGCCGUGAAUGGAGCAACUGCACAUCCUCAUUAUGACCCAGAUGGUACAGCAUACAACAUGGGGAACUCCUAUGGCCCACAUGGUUCUUGCUAUAAUGUUAUUCGGAUUCCUCCAGAGAAGGCGGACCUUAGUGAGCAACUCUGUGGAGCCCAGGUGAUAUGUUCUUUUGCUUCUGCAGAGAGGAUGAAACCUUCCUACUACCAUAGUUUUGGAAUGACAAGGAACUACAUAAUCUUCAUUGAACAACCUCUGAAGAUGCAUCUGGGGAAAAUCAUCACUUCUAAAAUUCGGGGAAAAGCCUUUUCAGAUGGAAUAAGUUGGGAACCCCAAUAUAAUACACGGUUUCAUGUGGUGGAUAAACACACUGGACAGCUUCUUCCAGGGAUGUACUAUGGCAAGCCUUUUGUUACUUUUCAUCAAAUCAAUGCCUUUGAAGACCAAGACUGUAUUGUACUUGAUUUGUGCUGUCAAGAUGAUGGAAAAAGCAUAGAUGUUUAUCAAUUACAGAAUCUUAGGAAAUCUGGGGAAGGGCUUGAUCAGGUCUAUAAUUCGUUAGCUAGAUCUUUCCCUCGAAGAUUUGUGUUGCCCUUAAACAUCAGUCCGAAUGCCCCUCAGGGAGAGAACCUCAGCUCUCUGUCUUAUUCCUCAGCCAGCGCUGUGAAGCACGCUGAUGGAAAGGUAUGGUGUUCUUAUGAAAAUCUACAUCCUGAGGACCUAGAGGCAGAAGGAGGCAUUGAAUUCCCCCAGAUCAAUUAUGGUCAAUUCAAUGGCAAAAAGUACAAUUUCUUCUAUGGCUGUGGCUUUCAGCAUUUGGUGGGAGAUUCUCUGAUAAAAGUUGAUAUCGUGCACAAGACACUGAAGGUUUGGAGAAAAGAUGGCUUUUAUCCCUCUGAACCUGUUUUUGUUCCAAUACCUGGAGCCAGUGAGGAAGAUGAUGGUGUUAUUCUUUCUGUGGUGAUCACCCCCAACUACAAUGAAAGAAAUUUUCUCCUAGUCUUGGAUGCAAAGAACUUGGAAGAAUUGGGCCGAGCAGAGGUACCAGUGCAAAUGCCCUAUGGGUUCCACGGCACCUUUGUAACCAGCUAAUGGUCAGCCACAGAGUCUGGGAAUUUUUUCAUCAGCCAUGGUCCAGAAACUCAUAAAUAAACCACAAGAGAGAUCAAUAAGAUGCAGAGAUUCUUCCAGACCCUGAGCAAGGCUGAGUGGUCCACGGUACCCUGGAGUGGAGCAGGUGAAUCCAGCACUGAUCCAAACAGAGCCCCAGCAGCCGAAAACCUCCACAGUCUACCGUUGCUGCAAUGCUCCCAAACAGACUCCACUGCUUGGGACAGUCCAUCCAGAA